GCCUCAUUGUCAAUCUCGGUGGCAAGAAAGUGGGCAUCCAUGUCGGUGACAAUGAGAAUUUGCACCAGUGGUCCCGCGCCCUUUUGAGUGUCUUAGCGCCCAACAAGGCCGAGAGAUCAUCAGCAAGUCCGCGGGCGCCAGCUGAUCGACCAAGGUCUCAGACACCCACGCCCCGCUCGACGCCUCGCAAAGGUCGUGACUGGGUUCCGGAGGUCGCCUUCAAGAGCACGAAGUCCACACAAGCUGGCGGAAAGCAAGGCGCAGGUGGAAGCCGAGCCGGUGCACAGCGCUUUACAGUCAUGCACCGCGGAGUUUCCGUGGAUUCCCUCACGCAUCUGAUGAAGGUUCAACAGCCUGAGAAGCGUUUCUACGUGCACACCCACAAGGGUGGGACAGAGGCUGUCGAAACCCUGCAUGGGAAAUCCGGCAAAUUCCUGGCUUCGUCACAUCAAGUUGGUAGCUCGCACGUCCGGGCCGAGAUUGCUGCGAAGCCAUACUCGCGAAGUGAGUCGAACUCCGCAAUCUCAACUCGGAGCACUUCCAGAGAAGAGGGGUUGACAUGGAAGGUCACAGGAGAAGAUCGGCAGAUCAGCCCAAGAAGACGAGCAGACCACAGUUUCGGCUUUUGGAAGAUCAACUCCGAGGAAGCAGCUGUGGUUACUGCCAACCCUCGCUCUCGCACGCCUCCACGAACUGAAAGCACAGGUGCAAAUUCUAGCCGCCGGCUUCUGUUCGAGCAUGUUGCACAGCUGAGUAGACAAGAGUGCGGGGUAUCCACCUUCAAGUUUCAAGCAGUGCUAGCCUACUUUUGCGGUUCUUUGCGCUAG